CUUCCAACCACCACGUCACUUGUCGCCGUCACGCCCACAACAUCUUCCCAGUCGUAAACUAUUCGUACUUUACGAUCAAUCAAGACACCCUCCCGAACGCCACUGAACGAAAGACACGUCUACGCAAUUAAGCCAGCAGGCCAAACAGCGAUUUAUCUAUCCAUUUCCCCCCCCGUCAAGCCGAUCCCGUUUCUUCGUCUCUUCGGCCACCGCAAUUGCCUUCGAGCCUCGCAUCUUCUCGCGAACCAAAACCUGAACAUAGUUCACUCGCUCUAGAUAUUCCCUGUCUUGCCGACGCUCAUCCCGCCGCCUCCCAGGAAUCAUCUAGUUUGCCUGACGCUGUCCCAUCACCAACCACAUUGCUCAAUCGUUCAAAGACGUCUAUCGUCCUUAUUCCAAAACACCACCCCCAAUAUGCCUAAUCUUCCGUCGAGCUUUGCCUCGGCCGCUGCCGGCCAAAAUGCCAACCGUGACGUGAGAGGGAAUCGUGGAGAUUCACGCGGAGGAGGUGGAGAUUGGACUCGACGAGAAGGACGAGCCAACGGUACUCUGACUUUCCGCCGAACCUCCACUACUCCUGGUCAAUCAUCUCAGUCUGCCCACCCGUCUGAACAAACCUUGCAAGCGAACGCAUCGAAUGCCGAGUCCACUUCUGCCGCGGUCGGUUCUAGCGUAGCGAGUGAGGACUUCGCACCUCAGUCCACCACCUACCCAAAGCAAACCAUUCUAGACAUCUUCCGCGACAUGCCCGCUGAGACCGACUCUUCCGAUAUCCGCGAGCCCGGUUGGGUCCCUGGACAGGUGAACGGGAAUUCGUCUCGGGGACGGGGUAAAUCCGGGCAUGUGCAGCCAAACCAAGACCCCAACAGCUGCUGGAUUCCCGCUGCCACCAAUUCCCCUGUUAGUUCCCGCAGUCUCACCGCCGAAGAGAAGGAGACCCUCGCAUCCGACGUGAAUUCGCCCUUGAAACCACCGAAUCAAAAGGACGGAAACGCCCAGGGUGGUGGUGGUGCCGUGAACGGCCGCAAGGCUUCGUUGUCUCACGGCGCAGGAUCCGCCUUCGGCCUAACGUCACCCACCUCGGCCUCGAGGCCCGGUACGCGACGCCGAGAAACGAUCGACUCGAAUCCUUUCACGACCGGGGGCCUAUCCUCUCCAGCCAGUACAGGCCGCUUCCCUCGCGACGACCCUGGUUUCUUACUUGGUCGCAGAGGCACCGAACAGAAGGAACAGGAGGGGGAAGAAGAGGGCGGCGCCCCGACACGGGAGACGCCUGCUCGGGAGACUCCUGUUCCUCAAAGCCGCCCUGGCUUUGGCAGCUUGUCCCGUAUCAAUACGACCGGCACCAUGGGAGGCUCUAAUAUCAGCUCCCUGUGGGGCCAGACCGCCUCCGCCCAACCUCAGCCUUCCUCGGCAGUGGGCAGCUUUGGUCAGUUCUCCCUAGCCACGCCCACCAGCUUGAGCAGCGCGACGCGGGGUGGCAGCAGGUUCGCGAACCUCAUUCCCAAGGAGGGCUCUGAGGGUAUGGCCGGUAAGUCCGGCGAAUCCGCGGCCGCCACCACGAACCCGGACCUCAGCCUCCCUUGGCGGCCGCGUCCCAGAACCGACACGGAUCCUUUCGGCGACGACGGACCCUCCGGCAGCGCUGCCCUCGGUGGCGCCAAGGACACCAGCCCGCCCCCAAUGCCGAAUUACAUUGCGAACAUUGGCGUCUUCGAGACCCCUGUCAAGGGCUCGGCUGGCGACUUUGGCAUGUCGGGCCUCACUGUCGGCGAUCUCGGUGGCCAUGGAGGCCACCAGGGAGAUCAUCACGACCAGGGCCCUGUGAGUCCAUCCGAGACGAACCCUUACCGAAGCCCGCCUGCAGCCGCCGACCGGGGAGACGAGGAACAUGACGACCCCGGCGAAAAGCGUCAGGGGAGCGCCGCCGGCUCUGAGCAAGCUUCUACUUUCGGCACAUUGUCGCGCGGAUUUCCUUCCCACAACCCCCAUGCCCAUGCCGCCUUUGAUGGGAGCGACCGCAGCCAGACGUCGAGCGCCGGACCGAAGGGAUACCCGUCGCUUUCGGGCUUGAGCGGCUGGCCGGCGCCCGGGCCUUCGGGAACGACGCCGGAUCGAGAACGUCAGAGCUUCGCGUCCGCUUUCGGAAACUCGUUUUUCAGCCCCAUGGGAGGUGAUGUGCAGCAGUCUCCCGGUUUGUCGAUGGGUGGUGGCGGAGUCGGCGGGGUCGGUGGCAUCUUCGGUCCGCCCAGCGCCGGACCUAUCGGCGGGACCGGAUCCAUGGGACGCAGUAAGCUCGGGUCGCUUUUCCCGGCCGCCAUGCAGGCCCAGAUGCACGCCCACGACCAGCAACAGCAACAACACGAUCACCUGAGCGAUUCGCUACCCGAUGUACGGCAGGCCCAGGGCCAUAAUCCCGUGGCUCCGAUCGGCAGGAACACCUUCACGCCGCAGCACCGCGAUACGGGGAGUCCGAUGCGCGCGGGACGCGGCGCGUUUGACGACUUGUUCUCGCCUCCGGGCGACCACCGGGCGUUGAACAUGUUCGGCAGUGCGGCCCCAGACACGUCGCAUCACGGUGCCACACCUGGCGCGCAAACGCCGUCCUACCCGGGCCCCUCAUCUAGUGCCGAUCUCCCCACGUCCCAAGUCCGUCAGAUGGUCAUGCCUGAUCGGAUGAGAUGGGUGUACCUUGAUCCGCAAGGUCAGGUGCAGGGUCCCUUUACGGGGCUCGAGAUGAACGACUGGUACAAGGCGAAUUUCUUCACGGCCGAUCUCCGGGUCAAGAAGGUGGAGGAUCCCGAGUUUGAGCCGCUGGGCCAGCUAAUCCGUCGGAUCGGCAACUCGCGCGAACCGUUCCUCGUCCCCCAGAUUGGCGUUGCUCACGGGCCCCCGCCGAACCAGCCCGGGCCCUUCUCGGCGGGGACACCGGGCGGCGUGAUACCGCCCCUUAGCGGCGUGUUCCCUAGCUACGGCAGGACGCUCACGGCGGAGGAACAGAACAACCUGGAGCGGCGCAAGCAAGAGGAACAGUUCGCCAUGGCGCAGCAGCGCGAGCUGAUGAUGCGGCAGCAGGCGAUCGGGAGGAUGCAGCCGGGGGCGGGGCUCCAGACGUCGCUGCACCACCAUUCCAGCACGCACAGCCUCCAGAACCAAGCUAGUUUUGGGAGCAUCUCGUCGCCCAUCGGCGGUUCUCAUCAGCAAGUCCCCGUAAGCGCCGGAGGCAUGGCGCCCGGGGCUCCCUUCUUCGACGGCGUGGUGGCACCACCGAGUGGCUCGCGGGGCCCUUUGGGGCCGAGCCUUGAUGCGUUUCGCGAAGACGACUUGGCGACACUGAACGCUACGGAGCGGCAAAUGCUGGCUAACGUCCAGGGCGGGGCCAGCGGUAGCUUCUUCCCCCCUCAACCGAUCGGACCGGCGGGAAACGAGGGCCAGCUGCGUUCCAACCUCCCUGGGACGGAGCAACUGGCCGAUGAUGAGGAGGGAUUUCGCGAGCGUUUGCAAGAAUUUGAGAAGUUUCGGGCCGAGCACGAGCGUGAAGUAGAGCAGGAGGCACAAGUCGACGACGACAACAACAACAACAUUGGUGCCUCUCAACUGAGCGGCAGGGAAAAAAAAGACGAUACUACCAGCACGACGGCUGGGGCGCACACACAGUCCCAGAAGGAAGAGGCGCAGGCGCAGGGGCACCAGCACCAGCACCAGUCGGAACAAGACAACAACAACACCACUAGGAUGCUGCUGGAGAAGGCGCGGGAGACGCAGUUGCUCUCGUUGACUCAACAGGUCCAACAGACGCAAGCUGCGGCGGCGGCGGCGGCGGCGGGUCUCCCGAUGCCUUUCCCGCCCCCUCCUUCUCAGUCGGGAACACCGCUUCCGGCACCGACGGCGCAGAGGAUCCGGUCCAAUCUUCCGGAGCAGUACAGCCGGUCGCAGUCGGGCACGCCAGACGCGUCCUCGGGCAGCGAACCUCCCCCCCUGGCGCCGUGGGCUAAGGAUUCGGGUUCCGGGUCGCGCAAGGGGCCUAGUCUCAAGGAGAUUCAGGAAAUCGAGGCGCGCAACGCUGCCAAGGCGGAAGAGGCGGCGACGGCGGCUCGUCGGGCGCAGCUGGAACAAGAAGCGGCGUUGCUCCGGGAACGCGAGAAGGUGGCGGCUUCGACGCCGGGCCUGCCGACAACCAGCACGUGGGGCAGCGCGUCGCCGGUCCCGGUCGGGAGCCCCUGGGCCAAGCCGAGCGCGGUGAAGGUGGCACCGGGUGCGGCCAGCACCACCAAGCAUAAGACGCUGGCGGAUAUCCAGCGUGAGGAGGAAGCGCGCAAGGAGAAGGCCAGAGCAGCUGCGGCACAGAGCGGAGCGGUUCCCAUCAAUACGGUGGGGGCAAAACGGUACGCCGACCUGGCGCCCCGAUCUGGCGGUGGCGCCGGCAGCGGCAGCGGCAGCAACAACAGCAACCCGCCCGGAUUCCCGCAGGUUCCAAGUGGGGUUCCGGCGGCGGUCGGCAGCGGCUGGGCGACGGUCGGGGCGGGCGGCAAGGUGAAGGCGCCACCGACGGGACCUGCGGCUCAGACGCCCAGCCGAACGGUCAGCAUCAAUAACGGCAAGGCGGCUACGCCGGUCAAGGCGAUAAGCAAGCCGGCCAUGUCGACGCCAGGGACGGGGUCCAAGACGGAUGCGGCGAUGGACGAGUUUAGCAAGUGGCUGCACCGCGAGCUGUCGCGGGGUAUUACGGGAGUUGACAUCGAGACGUUUGCGGCCACUUUGGUGAUCCUUCCGCUGGACCCGACGCUGAUCGCCGACGCGGUGUACGCCAACAGCAAGACGAUGAACGGGCAGCACUUUGCGGAGGAGUUUGUGCGGCGCAAGAGGCGGGCGGAGCAGGGCAUUGUGGAGAAGCAGCCGGGCGGUGGCGAGAGCAACGGCGGGACGGGCGGGUGGAAUGAGGUGGCCAAGAAGGGAUCUCACCGGGAGUCGGCGACGUCGGAGGCGGCGAUUCAGGGGGCGGGAUUCAAGGUGGUGCCGGGUCGCAAGAAGGGCGGCAAGAAGAACUAGGGCUCGUGUGGUCCUGCACGCAGCGUUAUCAGCGUCAUGGAUGAUGUAGCUUACGUAUCCUCUUACCAUAAGGUAGCGUAUCAAUGAGCAG